GACUUGUUAGGUCCACCAAAUAUAACACUCGUAUCUCAUAAUCAGACAGCAAAUGAGGGAGAUAAGGCGAUACUUAACUGUACAGCUGAUGGUAAUCCACGUCCAAACAUCACAUGGACAAGACUCGCUAGUAACAGUCACGUCACCUUUCCUCUGGCCGUCAGGAGACAAGAUGAAGGAGGUUACAGAUGCACUGCUGAUAAUGGUUUUGGUAUUAAAAUCCGUGAUGUCUUCAUUAUUGUACAAUGUGAGUACGAUUAUUUAUUUCAUGAUGCAUGGCGAUUUGGAAUGGACUAUGGUCUCAGCUAG